GCUAUACUCAUUACAAGGUCAAGCAUCCUUUGGGGAUUCUGUCCAGUCAGUAAUCGGAUUACAGUUAAAACCUUUUGAAUUUAAUUUGCCCCGGCAGCCUGCGCGUGGCACGGGAUUCCACGUCAACAAGCGGUUGCCAGGUGAAGGCAGACAAGCCAGACAGUUCCACAGCAUCCAGCACCUCACAGGCUAAUAGCCUACUAAUUCAGAGAUUUGAUAAAACCAUUGUAGAACCGAUUCAACUAUUAUUGACAAGGUGAGAUGAUAAGGAAUUUAUUUGGAGCCUUGACCUAGCCUAUAUAUUUGUUAUUGAUAAAAUGCCGACCACAAGGGUCAUCAAGCAAAAGCCUGUUGUUGAAACGAAAACAAGAGUCGUCGAAGUGAAAACAAAACCGGUUGAAACGAAACCAGCAUCGACAACUCAACACAAAGUCACAGCUCCUCGCAAACCGCGGGCGUCGAGCUGUCCCAGAUGUAUCCAUAGCGACCGAUGCGAGACCACGAAGACCCAGCAGCAGGUCAAGCUGUGCGCUCCCAGGUGCGAUAGGAGAGCGAGAUCAACCUCCACCGCUCCCAAAUCAACACUCUCCACUUCGAAAUCAGCUGUGCUCUGUCAAAAACCAACAGCCACGUCUCCAAAAUCAACUGUAACUUCUUCAAAGUCUAAAGAAGCAUCUCAGGCGAGGCAGGAAGAGGAACGGAGUUCGAGACCCAGGGCGCACUAUGUAAUUCAGAGUCACAAAGCUUUCACGGUCAUCCCUCCUAACCCCAAGAAAAGAAUAGAGAUCCAGCAAAAGGCGGAGGCAGAGCUGGCAGCUUUGGAGGAUCUGAGGCUGAGCAGAGCCACACCCUAUGUCUCCAUUGACCCCAGCAGUGUUGGUGGGAGUCUGAGUCUGGAGGAGGUGCGGCUAAAGCAGCAGCAGGAAAUGCAGACCAGGAGGAAGCAGAGACAGAUGAAGAAAUAUAUGUUUGAGACGUCACCCGUGGUGUUGGGGUGAAGACUGAGCCACAGAGAGACAGAAAGCUGAAGUUAUCAUUAAAAUACAGACGCAUCAGCAUCAUCAUGUGAAUGAUGCUUGUUGCCUGUAUGUCUAAGUCCAGCACUGGGAUCACACAUUGUCUAAGUCCAGCACUGGGAUCACACAUUGUCUAAGUCCAGCACUGGGAUCACACAUUGUCUAAGUCCAGCACUGGGAUCACACAUGGUCUAAGUCCAGCACUGGGAUCACACAUUGUCUAAGUCCAGCACUGGGAUCACACAUUGUCUAAGUCCAGCACUGGGAUCACACAUUGUCUAAGUCCAGCACUGGGAUCACACAUUGUCUAAGUCCAGCACUGGGAUCACACAUUGUCUAAGUCCAGCACUGGGAUCACACAUUGUCUAAGUCCAGCACUGGAAUCACACAUUGUCUAAGUCCAGCACUGGGAUCACACAUUGUCUAAGUCCAGCACUGGGAUCACACAUUGUCUAAGUCCAGCACUGGGAUCACACAUUGUCUAAGUCCAGCACUGGGAUCACACAUUGUCUAAGUCCAGCACUGGGAUCACACAUUGUCUAAGUCCAGCACUGGGAUCACACAUUGUCUAAGUCCAGCACUGGGAUCACACAUUGUCUAAGUCCAGCACUGGGAUCACACAUUGUCUAAGUCCAGCACUGGGA